GUUCCGUCAGCAAUUUUGAAUGGGAAUGCAAAAUGGCGCAGCGUCAAGUGCAAUCUUUACUUCUUAAUUUCGAUCAAAUAUUUUUAAUAUGCAAAAUUUUGGGUAUAUAUCCACAAGAUUGGCAGGCUUUCAAGCGUCAGCAUGUUUUGCAGAAAUCAACAGUUGGAGGUUGGAUUGUGGCCGCCUCAAUGGUUGCCGUUGUGGCUUGCUAUAAUUUAUUGAUAUAUUCAUUUUCUGAAGAGGACCGCUUGUUGAAAGAGAAUCAGAGUACCUUAACUUUUGUCAUUGGUUUGUUCUUAACAUAUAUCGGUUUGGUAAUGAUGGCUACUGAUCAAUUAACUGCUAUACGAAACCAAAAUGAUUUGAGUGAUCUCUUUGAACGUAUACGUCUAGUGGAUGAGCGUUUAUAUAAGGAAAAUAUCAUAGUGGAUAAUAGUCGAAUUGGUAUACGUAUACGUGUUAUGAUUUGCUUUACAAUAGCAUGUGAGCUUGCUAUAAUGGCUUCUACUUACGCAAUCUUAGUUGAAUAUGCAAAUUGGAUGUCGCUAUUGUGGGUAUUCUCUUGUAUACCCACAUUAUAUAACUCUUUGGAUAAAAUUUGGUUUGCUGUUACACUGUAUGCAUUAAAACUGCGUUUCGAAGCUAUAAAUAUCGCAUUGGAAGACUUAGUUGAAACACAUGAGAAGUUUAAGUUAUGGGUAGCGAAUGGAGGCAGUCCAAGUGAUAUGAUCGAAAAUAUUAGUGGAACUAAUAAUCAAAUUAUUGAAUCGAAUUCAUAUGAAUAUAAUUUGGGAUACUUAUAUAAAGAACUAAGCAAUUUGGAUGCGGGAUCUUUUAAAGGAUCGGCUAAAAAUAAAGUUGCACCAAUUGCUCAUUCAAUGAAUUCCUUUGGGGAGGGCAUAGAAACACCUUCGUUGAAGCAGAAGAAUCCCAUGAUUAAUAUGGCUUAUGAAAGCGAACUUAAUAAUAUACCGAGAAUCGAAGAAAAACUAAACAAUUUCUGUCAGUUACAUGAUGAAAUCUGCGAAAUUGGAAAAACUCUUAAUGAAUUGUGGAGUUAUCCGAUUUUAGUCCUGAUGGCCUAUGGCUUUUUGAUAUUUACGGCUCAACUUUAUUUUUUGUAUUGUGCAACUCAGGAACAAGUUAUACCUUCACUAUUCCGAUCAGCUAAGAACGCAAUCAUAACUGCAUUGUUUCUUAGCUACACAGCUGGAAAAUGUAUUUAUUUGAUCUAUUUAAGUUGGAAAACGUCAUUGGAAUCUAAACGAACCGGUAUUUGCUUACAUAAGUGUGGGGUUGUAGCUGAUGAUUGUGUACUAUAUGAAAUAGUCAAUCAUUUAUCGUUGAAGCUUUUGAAUCAUUCAGUCAAUUUUUCUGCUUGUGGAUUCUUUACUUUGGAUAUGGAGACUCUCUAUGCUGUUUCCGGGGGCAUAACAAGUUAUCUUAUAAUUCUUAUACAAUUUAAUUUGGCAGCACAACAAGCAAAAGAUGCCAUACGUACUUUUUCAAAUUUUAACGAAACGGCUAACUUGAUUGCAUCGGGUUCAAAUGAAAAUACUACGGUUUUCAUGGACUUUUUAACGACAACUAUUAUGUCAACCAUAUCUAACUAAUUAUAACCAAUUUAGAUGACUUUGUUACUAAGGAAAGACAGCAUGUUAAAGCUGAAUUGUU